CCUUAUUUUAUAUACACACAUAUAUAUAUAUAUAAUAUUUACUAUGCUUGAUAUCAAUUUAUUAUUAGAAGAUCGUGGUGGCAAUCCUGAAGCUGUCAAGGAAUCUCAACGACGACGUGGUGCCUCUGUUGAAAUUGUAGAUGAGAUCAUUUCCAUCUAUAAACAAUGGGUCAAGAUACAAUUCAAUAGUGACCAAAAAAACAAGGAAAUCAAUGCAGUACAAAAGGAUAUCGGCAAGAAGUAUAAGGCUAAGGAAGAUGCUUCUGAACUCAUUCAAAAGAAAGGUGAACUUCAAAAGGAAAAGGACGCUUUACUUGUUCAAGCCAAAGAAGAAGAAGCUAUUUGGAAAGCCAAACUCUCUACUUUGGGUAACAUGGUACAUGCUUCCGUCCCUACCUCUAUGAAUGAAGACAACAAUGAAGUGAUCAAGACUUACAAUCAUAAUGACGUUGAACCUGUCAAGAGAACGGAUAUCUUGUCUCAUCAUGAAGUAUUGACUCGAUUGGAUGGUUAUGAUCAAGAACGUGGGGCCAAUGUGGCAGGACAUCGUGGUUUCUUUUUGACGGGUGUUGGUGUUGAAUUGAAUUUGGCCAUGAUCAACUAUGGAUUAGCGUUCCUUGGUAAACGUGGUUACAAGAAACUAAUGACACCUUUCUUUAUGCGCAAGGAAAUGAUGGCCAAGACUGCUCAAUUGUCAGAAUUUGAUGAAGCUCUUUACAAGGUGACUGGUGAAGGUGAUGACAAGUAUUUGAUUGCUACUUCUGAACAACCUAUCUCUGCUUUCCAUGCUAAUGAAUGGUUCGAAAAACCUUCUGAACAACUCCCUCUCAAAUAUGCUGGUUACUCUACUUGUUUCCGAAAAGAAGCUGGUGCUCAUGGCAAAGAUACCUGGGGUAUUUUCCGUGUACAUCAAUUUGAAAAGAUUGAACAAUUUGUUUUGACAGAUCCUGAAAAAUCUUGGGAUAUGUUUUAUGAAAUGAUUGGUGUCUCUGAAGAAUUUUUCAAAUCGUUGGGUCUUUCUUAUCGUGUUGUGUCUAUUGUAUCUGGUGCUCUCAACAACGCUGCUGCCAAAAAAUAUGAUUUGGAAGCUUGGUUCCCAUAUCAAGGUGAAUACAAGGAAUUGGUUUCUUGCUCUAACUGUACUGAUUAUCAAUCUCGUAAUCUUGAAAUUCGCUGUGGUGUUAAGAAGAUGUCUGAUCGUGAAAAGAAAUAUGUCCAUUGCUUGAAUUCUACAUUGUGUGCUACUGAACGUGCUAUUUGUGGUUUAUUGGAAACAUGGCAACGAGAAGAUGGUUUGGAAAUUCCUCCUCCUUUGGUGCCUUACAUGGAUGGUCGUACCUUUAUUCCUUACGUCAAACCUGCCCCUGCUGCCAAGAAAUAAAUAAAUACUCUCUCAUUAUUAUCAUCAUCACAUCUUUAGUAGUAUUAUAGUCCUUCAUGAUUAUUUCUCUUUAUUCAAUCACAUCGUUUCUUUUGCUGCCUUUCCCCAGUACAAUAGUUAGUAGAAUUUGUAUUUUUUUUUUUUUUUUUUU